ACCGCUCUAUCAGCAGAUGUCAGAUGAUUCUUGAGCUCGCUCUCCCGUAGCAACAUUAAGGGGACUUAUCAACGGAGACUGGCAACUGUUGAAACAUCUUUUAUCAACAUUAACUGAGCAGCAACCUAUAUCCAGACAAUGAUUCCAGAGUUGUCCAACCCCUCGGUGUGUAUGAGGGACCCUCAGAGGGUGGAGGAGAUCCUGCAGUCCAUGGUGAAGGCUGGCUCCAACACCGUGCAGGUGAUCGCAGAUUUUGACAUGACUCUGACAAGAUUUGCAUACAAGGGCAAAAGGUGCCCUACAUGUCACAAUAUUCUUGACAACAGCAAUCUUAUCUCCAAUGAAUGCAGAGAAGAGCUGAAGGUUCUGCUCGACACAUACUACCCUAUAGAGAUCGACUCGGCACGAUCAAUAGCAGAAAAGCUGCCCCUGAUGGUGGAAUGGUGGACUAAAGCUCACAAAAUCCUGGUGCAGCAGAAGAUUAGGAAAGACCUGCUGGCCACGGCGGUGCGGGAUUCUGACGCCAUGCUGAGGGAGGGCUACCAGCUCCUCUUCGACCACCUGCAGGAGCACAGCAUCCCCCUCCUCAUCUUCUCUGCUGGAAUUGGAGAUAUCCUAGAAGAGGUUAUCCGCCAGGCCGGAGUCUUCCACUCCAACGUCAAAGUCUUCUCCAACUACAUGGACUUCGAUGAGUCUGGAUUGUUGAAGGCUUUCAAGGGAGAGCUGAUCCACAUCUACAACAAACGGGAAGGCGCUCUGCUGAACACCGGUCAUUUCCAGGAGCUGCGGACGCGCCCCAACGUGCUCCUGCUGGGAGACUCUCUGGGAGAUCUGACCAUGGCCGACGGGGUGCAGGACAUGGAGAACAUCCUCAAGAUCGGCUUCCUUAAUGACAAGGUGGAGGAGAGGAAGCAGUCUUACUUGGACUCGUAUGACAUAGUGUUGGUACAAGAUGAGACCCUGGAAGUCCCCAAUGCCAUAAUGCUCCACCUGACAGGCAAUAAGUAAAGUGAGCACUGCUGUUUUCUAUUGUACGCUCCAGUGCCAUCAGCUGAAGCUCAGAAGGUGCCAGUGGAAGGCUUAUUUCGAAAGUUACACGAUUGUUUUACAAAACUCUUCACAAGUCCAGUUUACAGACACGGCUCACGUUCACCAUGUCACCCUUUGAUAUUUUCCUCCAUUGGCCUUCCACUCAUGUUUAUAGUCAAACUGACCAUACUGUGUGUGAUUUGUUUGGUGUGUGGAAGAAAUAAGAUAAUAUUGUUUUUGUUGGUGGGUCUGUUUUUGUCUUCAUAUAGGAUGUCAUGAUAAAGGGAAAAAACGUUACAUAAGUGGCAGCAUUGGACAUCUGGUUUGAAACCAAUUCCUUACAAUAAGCUCUUUACCAGCAGAUACAAACUUGAAACUUGAUUUUUUUUUCAAAAGCGUUUUCUUACAGUGUCAAGUCUUCCAGUUUCUGGACUCAUUGUAAGUUUACAGUACAGGUUGUAUUUGUUAUGAACAUUUUUACAUUUUGCAAUGUUUUUGUUAACAUUAUAAGGGGUUAACUCUGGCAAAUACAUCAGAUUUUAAGCUUAAAAUAAAUAGUCAUUUUUUAAAUGUGGUGGAGUGCACUGAAAGGUCAACGUAUUUAAAAUGACUAACAUCUAUCUCAUAAGUGUUGGUAUUAAGAUUAUCAUAACUUAGUGUGUUUACAUGAAGUAACCUUCUGUCAUUUUAACAACGGUUGAUUCAAAAGUGUGCACUGCAACAAACACAUUUGUUUUUUAAUUCAAUAACCAGUUUAAUAAUUAAUUUUUCAUAUGGAUAAUAAAAUAAAUGUAGUUUGAUUCUGUCACACAUGUCAUACCUCUAUCUCCUCCAUUUCGACACAGUUGUCUGUCAAAUCAAACUGAAACAUGUAUUAUGAUUGUGUGAAAUAAAGUUUCAUUUUACUACAAAA